UCUGUAGGGGGCGUGUCUCCUCUCGCCUGUCUGUCACACUUUUGCUACCUUCAUGACUCAUUGCGGUGUCCGUGUAUGCGGUGUCCGUGUCUGCAGUACCAGAGAGGACUGGAAAAAUGGCGGCGGGUUCUGGAGCUGUUAGCGGCCAUGGUGGCCGCGGCGCUUUGGAGGCCACCCUGGACCGCAGAUUCCAAGGAGUAUCCAACACUAUGGAGUCUAUACAGGGACUGUCGACCUGGUGCAUUGAAAAUAAAAAGUAUCACAGCCUUAUCGUUCGGUACUGGAUGAAGUGGCUCAAGAAAUCGGACACCAACCACCGCCUGAAUCUGUUCUAUCUCGCCAAUGAUGUAAUACAGAACUGCAAGAGGAAGAACGCCAUCGUCUACCGCUCAGCCUUCGCUGAGGUGCUCCCCAACGCUGCACUAAUGGUCAAAGACCCGAAGGUGCGUAAGUCAGUGGAGCGGAUCUUCACUAUAUGGGAGGAGAGAAACGUCUAUCCUGAGGAAGUCAUCACUCAGCUCAAAGCCAACCUGGCCAAGAAGGAGAGAGAGAGGGAGAAAGAGAAGGCUAAAGAGAUGCCUCCUCCGCCAGCCCCAGUCAACCCCAAAGCUGCCCUGAAGUCCAAGAUUGUGGCUGAUUUCAUACCCCAGUCGUUCAUCGAGCAGCUGGCGGGCUUCAAACGGGUGGUGGAGGAGGAGGAGCUGAGGGAGACCCAGCUGACAGCUCUCAGAGUGGACGUCUGCAGCACGGAGGCCCUCAAGAGACUCAAAGACAAGGCCGGAGGGAACAAGUUUGCCAAGGACUUUGAAGAGGGCAGUCAGAAGCUGCAGGAGUUUGUCAGUUUCCUGGAGAACCAGAUGCCUGUAGGGCCCCCUCUGCUGGAGGCUCUAGGAAACGCAGACGUCUUCUAUGAGAUGCAAUACAAGGAAGUUAAGAUCGUGGCCAGCGCCUACAAAACCUUUGCCAACCGCGUGGUCAACCUCAAACGUAAACUGGAUGCCCUCAAGUCCUCUCUUCCCGGUCCCGAGGACUCUCCCAUCCCCUCCCCCUCUGAGGACGCUCCCUCACCCACCGGCUCUGACUCCCCCUUCCUGGGGCUGGGAGGAGGCCGAAGGGGUAGGCUGGGCUUUGACCCGGACCUGGAUGGGAGUGCCAUGGAUGAGAGGGACAUGGGGGUUGUGAGAGAGGGAGACAACAGAGAUGUGGAGGACAUGGAUCUGUCUGAGGAGGACAUGGAGACAGCCAACCCAGCUGAGAAGCAGUCGUCAUCAGCCACCGUUUCCAAGGUGACCAGCUCCAAGACCACAGCAAAACCCGCCCCUGUCACACUCAUUCGAACCUCCACCGAAUCUCCACUCAAAAAGGCAGCCUCGUCUACCCCCACGCCAGUGACCCUCAGCGCCCCUACGAGCGCGGGUGUGAGUGGUCCUAGCGGUCCGACCGCUCCGCUGGGAAUGAACCUGGCCAAUGUGGACCUGGGCAAGAUCAGCUCCAUACUGAGCAGUAUCACAUCAGCCAUGAAGAACACAGCAGCCAGCCCUGUGUCUCGCCCCUCCCCUGGAACUCCCAACCCCUCUGGCCAAUCAUCUUCCUCCAAAACCCCAGUUGGCCCCACCCCUCCAAGCCCAGCCCUGGCCAGCAUCCUGUCCAGAGUGAACGUCACCCCUGAAGGCAUCCUCAACGCCCUGUCAAAGACCCAAACACAGAGUCUGUCCUCCCUGCUGAGGUCUGGUAGCUCCUCCUCCUCUGCCCCCUCCUCCCAUGCCUCCCCAGACUCCUCAGCAGCCAAGGGCCCCCCCACACCCACCACUCCUAGCAACACCAAACCCCCCCUGACCAACAGUCUCAAACGAGACACACCUGAGAGGAGCAGAGGAGCCAGGGAUUGGGAGAAAAACCGAGAGGCCUCCCCUCCUCCUCCUCCUCCUCCUCCUCCCUCUCUCCCUAGCCGCUCUGUCUCUCCUCCCAGCCUAGAGUCAAAGAUCAACCGUUUCCUCCAGGGGAACCCAGGGUUCAGUCUGGGCCUGGGGGAUGGGAGCCCUCUGCUGGGGGGAGACGGGGUAGACGGGACCCCCGUCAGGGAUGAGAGCGGGGGCACCCCCACCCAGGACGAAAUCAUGGACACACCAGGGGGUGUCUCCUCCGACCCCCUUGGCCUCAACAGUGACCCCAAGAGCUUAGGCUCAUCCAAAGGUCAUGAUCUUUCACCCACGGCCUACCGCAGUGACCCGUGGGACGCCGUCAUCACCCCAACAGGAAGCAGCAGCGACGUGGACUUCCUCUCUUCCUCUUCUCGUUUCCAAGGCUACGGAGCGGGGAAGAAGGCCGCCAAGCUGAAGGAGGAAGAUUCGAAGAGGAAGAUUAGCUCUUCAUCACUGGGAAGCAGCAAGGUGAAGAAGGAUGGACAGAACAGUCACGGGAAGAGUCACGGGAACAACAGAUCAGUCGAAGGAGAGAGGAGAGCGUCCAUAGGUUCUCGCAAGACCAGCAGCGGGUCAGAGGAGGGAGGAAUGAGUGGAACGAGGGAUGAAAAGGGAAAGAGGAGAGGAGAGGAUGGUGGGGGCUCAUCUGAUGGGGAGGGGGGGCAGUACCACCGUAUCGAGACGCUGGUAUCACCUUGCACAGAGGGAGCACCUUUCCAAUCACUGGGGGGCUUCUCAAACCGCCAGCCAACCGGAGAGCGCAUCCAGACGGUGGAAAGUAUUCGCGUGAUUGGACAAGGGCUGCGUCGCGGGGAUGGAGAAGGGGGGAGGCCAGGCGGAGGGAUGUGGUACGAUGAGGAAGGGUACCUGGAUACCCAGCCCCCCUCACCUUCCCCUCAGGGCGGCUCUGACGACAUGACUUCACCCCCCAUGCCUCCCCCGACCUCACACCACCACCACCCUCCUCAUCCUCAUUCUAAUCACCCUCCCCACCCUCAUCCGCACGGCCCCCCACCCCAGUUUCAGAUGCCCCCCUACCAUGGGGAGAACCCCCAGGGUCCCCUGCCCUCACACCUCCACCAUCACCCCCCCCCUCCCUUCUUCAACUCCCCUCCUCCACCCAUCCCACGCCCUCCACCCCCUCCCAUGCCCCAGCUCCCUCCACCUCCGCGCAACUUCCUCCCCCCCUCGGCAGUCAUGGUAGGCGGGGUUCUAGUCCCCAUUGACCGCCAACUGCCCCUCCCUCCCCAGGUCCGCCCAGACGGAGGAGACCGAGGGGGGAUGGGAGUGGGACCCAGGGGGGGUAAAGGUGGUCCCACUCCCCUCAUGUCCUCUCUGUUAGGGGAGCCCCCUAAGAUGCCUCGUCCCGGCACAGUCAAAGAGCAUUUCACUCCCCGCCACGCACCCCCUCUCCACCGCCCCGGCACCCCCGGUGCCCCGCCUCCCUUAUUGGGCCGUGUCAAGGAUGGCAUCAACCUCCCUCCUCCACCCCCCUCCUCCUCCACCCCUCCCUCUCCCUCAGGCGACCCCCUGCUUCCUCGCCCCCAAGCUCCUCCGCUCCAGCACCCUCCCGCUAGCGCACCUGCCCAGCCCCGACACCCCAACCCCAACCAUCCCCACCAUCCCUCGCCGUCCCUCCUACGCCUACCCUCCCCCAAUCCCUGCCCCCCCAUCAACUCCACCCCCCAGAGACCUUUACUCCACCCUCGCGGCCCCCCUGUCCACCCACACCUAAACCGAGAGCCACCCAUGUUCCGCGGGGGCAAGCAUCCUGGCCCUCCAUUCGCCGGGGGCCGAGGAGGUCCCUUCUACCCCCCCAAGAGACCUUUCUUACCCCCACGCUAUUGAAAUGUUAACCCAUGCUGAAUGAAAAGCGACCCACACACCUAGCUACCCAACACGGGGAGAAGAUGUGUAGAACCCUUAUGGUAUGAGCCCAGUCUGUCCUCACUAUGUUAAUCCUAGUGGAGUCAUUUGUUUUAUUACAUUUAGCUGAUCGCACCUUGACACAAACUAGCACGUCACCUCACCACAAUACAGUACCAGCUUAGCAAUUAUGCACAGUGUUAUGGAUGAAAUAGGUAACCAAACCAAAUCUGCCUCCCCCUCCCCUCCUCCAAUCCCCAGGAGCAACAAUGUUCUCUGCUUCCCCUCACUAAAGCAGUGAGGGAGUAAUGGAGGUGUGAACUAGAAGGAAGACGACAAGCACAGAUCAAAUAGAAACAGAAACAGGUGGUUAUUCUAUUUCACUAAAAUUCUACUUACCUCCGGUAUUGUUUGAAUAAGCUGAUAUAAACACUUUCAGAGAGAGAGAGGGAUGGAUAGAUGGGAUGGGCUGGAGGGAUGGAUGGAUGGAUGGAUGGAUGUGAGGGGCUGGAGAGAUGGAUUGGGCUGGAGAGAUGGGAUGGGCUGGAGGGAGGUUGGGAUAGAUGGGAGGGGGUUUGAUUGAGGAACAAAGUUUCUCCCUGAGUGUGUCCUAAAUACAACCCUUUUCUCAAUAGGAUUUGGUUAUCCAAAUGAGUGCUGACUUUAUGAUCAGUGCUGUUGUGAAGUUUCUCCACCAUAACCCCAACAUGCUCCCAGUGCAUCGUAUUGCAAAUAAUAACCUUGUUUCUCUCCUAGAGGUUUUCAUGCUUAAGUCUCUCUUCCUUCUGCAUAUUUCUCAGCUUUUAAAUGUAUAGACUGAAUGAGUUGGCUGUGUUGCGACUAUUAAACCUCGGUUGUUUGUGUAAAGAGCAGAGUCAUCGCUAUUCGCUAACUUGUGAUUGACGCCAUUGUGAAGAAGCCUUAGCUGUAGUUACACACCGAGGCAGCGAUGUUUGUGCUUCUCAUUGCUCUAACAAAACACCACUCUGUCCAUCUCCAUUUCUCCAAUCUGAGGGGGGAGGAGAGUGAAGAAUCGUCCAGUGUAAAGACGCAUUUAACAGAUAAUAAUGAGUUGCGGAGACUCAGUAGUUGAGGCGGGUGCUUUAGAAGUUUGAACUAUGAACCCGCUGUGUCUCUACUAGGCCAUCGCUACCUGUAUUGUCUUUAAUAAAAUCCAGUUUCAACCCAACCAAGGGGAGGGUACUACUUUCUUUGAUAGUCACUGUCAUGGAUACCGUUAAUACCAGUCUCAGCAGUUGUCAUGGAUACCGGUAAGACCAGUCGCAGCAGUUGUCAUGGAUACCGGUAAGACCAGUUGCAGCUGUAUGAUAGAUGUUAUUUUGGUCUAGUUAUUCAAAGCUGAAUUGAAAUGCAGAAACAUUACUUAUAACAGUACAAACAAUGUAAUUUUUCCCCCAACUGCUAAUUUGUUCUGAGUUGUUUUGGAUUUCUUGCUGUGAUUUUUGUUGUGGCUGUAUCCUCAUGUCAGAUGUAAAAUAUCUAUACUUCCCUGUGCAGUGCACUGUCUCUGUCCAGUCCAGAAGUCCUUUUUCUUUGUUACUUUUGACCUGUUCCCUUCGCUACCUUUCCUAGAUUUAGUCUCUUAUCUUUCCUCCUUUCCUUCCUCUGACGCUGUACAUUUACAACUGUAGAAUACCAAGUAACACCAAUGAAGAAGUGAUGAGUGAAUUAUCUGCCAACAUUCAUUACUCAUUAAGAUAAUGGACACCUAUGUAAAUGCUCCUCUAAAUUUCCCAUCAGUGUUAGUUUAUCAGUUUAUAGUGUUCUGCUGUACAUUUCUGAAUGGAAGCGAUGCUGUUCUGAAUCAAUGGUACAGAGCAGCUACUACUCUCACUCUGACUGUAUGUAUGAUGUGAUGCUUCUCUGUCACUGCUGAUAAUGACCAGAUUAACGCAGGCAAGUUGGUUUGUGCACGUUUCCCUGCUGUACAGUAGACUAAUGACUUCCCUUCUAACUCGUACCUCAGUUAGACAGCGAGACACCAGGAUGGAUUCAGAGAUGUAAUCAUUUUCUUUGAACAGUUUGUUUAAAUAAUAUUGUCAUUCAAUGUACUCUUGAGUUUGAAAUAUGUUUGUUUUGAAUAACUUUUGAGUGAAAAUGCUUAAGAUUUGAGGAAUCUAAUGGUGUGUGUGUAUAGUAUGCAUUAACUAUGUAAUGAUUCAGUCAUGAAGGGGGUGGUUGUGUUAAGUUCUCCAUAUGUUUAGAUGCAUUGCUAUUCUUUUUAUGAUCAUCAAUGAUGUUCUAUCAUUAA